AUGGAGGAGGGAGAAAGUUGCGGGAGCUUGCUACCGCAGAUGCCCUCAUUGCUUCAUGGUUUUAAGUUGUUGCGCGCGACCUUGUGGUAUAUCUGUUUCCCGGAAGAAGUUACGGUGUACAUUGAUCCCAUAAUUCGUUUUAUUUUCACGGUCUACCAUCUUCCCCCAAUCGCACUUGUCCUGGCGCUCACGCACAGCGGGCUUGAGCGCAUUGUCUGGGUGCUUAUUGUCCCCGUCGCACAACAGAUGGAAAAGCAGCCCUAUGACUCCUCGUGUAUGACGACAUUUAUGCUUGGAAUGUACCAUAUUUUUCUUCUGAUUUUGCCGUACUCGACGUUGGGGGUUGCCGUGGCAACACUUGGUCAUAAAGUUCUUCAUUGCUUUCUGGAGACGAUGGUGGAUGCUCACUCGACGCACCAGGGAAAGGAUUACCCACUUUUUGCAGCUCGGCUACGAUUUAUCAUGCAAGACAGGCAGAGGUAUUAUGUCUUUCUUGUUGUUUUAUUUCUCCUUGUUUCUGUGGCACUUUCAGGACUGCAUACUGACCUUCUUGUGGCAUGGCCCGCACGUGAGCCUUGGGUGGUCACCGGUGCAUGGUGCAUCAUUGCUCUGCAAGUCUCCUUUGUAUGGGGAUCUGCAAUCAGUCAUCCGGAAUUACCUCCUCACCCUUUCAUCUGGAGACGCAUUGUGGGGAUUGGGGACGGUGAAUUUGCUCGGUUUUUUUGUGGUACGUGGUGGAAAUCGUACAUUCAUUACAUGCGUUACAUUGCAAUUGAAAUGGUUGCUUUGAUUGCCUUUGUAGCCCUCUUCUUUCGUGGGCCUUUGUACGUCCUAUCAUCCUCAGUGGAGCUUGUUAUGUAUCUAAAUAUGCCUCAUCUUGUGGGGCAUACCGUGGUUUCUAUUUCAGUCUCCAUUAUUAAUAUUCAAUGCUCCUUAAAGUGGUUAAGAAGGCAUUCUGACGCCGUUCUUCCGGUCAUAUUUAUUGCUUCUCCUUUCCAACUGUUGUUGUUUCGGGCCAUGUUUUACUUCCGCCAUCACCGGAUGACCGUUUUAUUACUUAUUGGCGUGAAUGUUCUUUUUAUUCAACGUGUCAUUGAUCUGGUACGGGAAUUUGAUGUAACGGAGGCGGGAUCCGUUUAUUGGAAAUAUGUCGAUAAGGAUGAGCCUAUUCCACCAUAUCUUUCUGUCAUUUUGGAGAAUGCGUAUGAAACGAAAUCGUCCCAUAUUGACGUCGCAAGCCUUGACUAUUUGAUCGACAUUAAGGCCAUGAAAAUCCAUCGUGAUGGGGAGGAGGUGGAUCUUGAGCGGAAGCAGAUUACCGAAUAUGGAAACGCCCAUAGUUUCAUUUGGGAUGGUCGGUUCUAUGCGUAUACCGUUCCUAGAAUGAUUUCCGUGCAAAGUUCUAGACACUUUGGUGGCAAGCACUUUCGUCGAGUGUACGUUUUGCUUCGCAUGAUUACAAGUUGUUGUUUGAUGGCCUUUACAGCCCUUGUGAUGGGUCUUCUUUUCCAGGCGGCCUUUCCACAGCUGCACCCGUUGCCGGUUCGUGUCUCCGUCUCGGCGGACGGCAAUGCAUUGACCGUCGACCACAUUGUGUUACGCAUGCACCUCCUUUCUGGUCAAGCGGAUGUGACGCCAACUCUUCCUAUUGCAUCUUCGGCCAUGGGGUCCGCCUCGGCUGCCUUCAAGUGGCACAACGCCACCUCCUUGGGGGAGGACUGGUACUCCUCGUUGUGUGCGAGGACUUUCCAUGACAUUUCCAUCUGGGAAAUCUCUCUGCUCGCACUGGCCUCGUACCUCUCCAAUGAUGAUGAGGUCAAAGAGAUGCUGGACUUCAUGUCGAUGCACAUGGGUAGCGACUGGGUCGUCCGCGAGCGUCACGGAACAGAUUGCAUCUCUAUUGACUCCUCCACGCAGCCAACUGGGUGGGAUGGGUAUUAUGAUUUUUAUAGUGCCAAGCAUGAUAUGUCCAUCAUUGCUGUUAGUGGAACAGACAUGACGUCAUUUCGGGAUUUUCUCAUAGAUGUGAAUUUGUUUUUUGAAGUUGUUUUGUACCACCUGCUCUCAAAUAUUAUUCCAGGAGCUGUCAUCCUUCCUUCAGAGCUCAUUGCAGAUCUCAUUCGUCUGGCGUCUCUUCCUGCAGCCAAAAACCGAGAGUCCGAGACAUGGGAAACAUUGGUUUCCAGCCGGAACACAAACCUUCGCGUCUGUGAGAAUAAUAACUACAGAAGAGAUUACUUUGCCGAUGUUUACAACCAUCUUGCGUUCGUAGGAAGCCGUCCGAAUCCGCCGAAGCACGUUCUUCUUACGGGUCACUCCUUGGGUGGCGCUGUUGCGUCUGUCAUUGGUUCGCGGAUGGGCAUUCACGCUGUCGGCUUUAGCGCCCCUGGCAUCUCACUCUCACGCAAGAAGUUUGGCAUUGACCUUGAGAGCAUUCAUAAAUUUGUGACACGUGUUAUCUCCUCGCAUGACAUCUUUCCCAUGAUUGGGGGCAGCGGAGGGGAGGAGCAUCAUGUCGAAUGCCUGGCGAAGACGCGAGAGCUCUGCCACGCCAUGGAGUUUCUCGUGGGAACAUUAUGGCGAUCAUGUGGCUCCAUUCGAGCGCGCUACCCCUCGAUCCAUUCAGUUGUUUAG